AAAGAAACAUUUUAUUUGAGAGUAUGGACACUAAACUGCUCUAUAAUGCUUUUCCUGAGCAAAGUAGUUCUAUGAUAAACACAUUUAUAUUUAAAUAGAACCCUCAAAUCUUUUUUAUCAUAAACAGGAGAUGAGACGCCAAUAUUUAGAGGCACAGGAAAAGAGUCGACUACAGGCAAUUGAAGACAGACGGAAGAGGAUUGCAAGUCACGAGGAGCCCAUUGAUGGUGUGCCCAUCAAAUUCAAGUUUCCUCAUGGAACCGAAAAAAUUCGAAAAUUCAUUUUGUCAGAGACAAUUCAGAUCUUAUUUGACUUUGUUGGUCAGGAUGACCUGUCCAGUGAAGUGUUUUAUGUUCAAGAUGCGACAUCAUCUGCACCUCUUGAAAAUAACCUUACAGGAACACUGAAUGAUUACAACAUCAAGGGUCAUUCAACUCUUUAUGUUGUUUGGAUUUCACCACUAGAUUCGCAUGAAAGUCAAGGUAAACAGAACGAAGCAAGCAUUCAAGUGAAUUCUGGUAAAGUCCAUUUCACCUCAUCCUUUUCCAACCAGCUUGCAUCACCACAUGAACCGACUACUUCUUUGCCACUGAAUGAUUGUCAUUUCCCAUCACCCCCAAACUGGUCACCUGCUCCUUCACCUUCUCACACAUAUCACUGGUCACCUGAACGCUCUCUUCCCACUCAGCCAUUCUCUGUAACAACUGACAAUUGUGAAAAUAUUUCGGAUCAAGUUGAUCUGCAGAUGAUUUUGAAGAAGCUUCAUAGCAGAGUUGAUCUCUCAUGUUGUCCUACAAGCAAUCAAAUAAAUGUAUGUCGAGACAGCAUAUUACAAGGUAGCCUGCAAGCUUUCAAGCGAAGGCGCUUUAAUCCAGAAGCAAGGCUGGAUGUGAUUUUUUGUGGACUUUAUGGGGUUGGAGAAGGAGCUGUAGAUGAAGGUGGACCAACCAGGGAAUUCCUACGCUUGCUAAUGAGGGAAAUCCAGAGGUCCAAAAUAUUUGAAGGACCGGAAGACAAAAGACUACUGGCUCUUCAUACUCAUGCUCUUGAGAAUGGCUUGUACAUGACUAUUGCAAAAAUGAUUGCAGUGUGCAUAGUUCAUGGUGGAGUUGGCCCUCAUUUUUUUUCUGAUCAUCUUUUUAUGCAACUCUGUGGUCAGUGUACACUUCCUGUUUCCCUUGAGGAAAUAGCAGACAGCAGCUUCAGAGAAAAACUCUCAAAGAUUAAAGAAGCAGACUCUGUUGAACACGCAAAUUCUGCAAUCUCAGAUGCUGGAGACAGUCUGUACAUGAUGGGAGCACUUAGGUACAUCUCAUCUCUUGAAGAGAGGGAUUCCCUGGUCCAAUCUGCAGCAGAAUACUUUGUGAAUGGGCGGACAAAUUUGGCUCUCAGACAAUUUGAAGAGAGUUUCAAAACACUUGGUCUGAUUGACGAGCUCAAGAACCAUCCUGACAUUUUUGAGGACUUGUUCAUCAAUGCAGUCAGACCACUUGAGGCAAAAGAUCUGUCCACUCUUUUUAAGGUGGACUUUUCACCCCUUGGUAGCAACAAAAGGCAGCUGGAAAAUAAGACAGUCUGUUUCUGGAGAGACUGGUUAAUUGAUGUAGAAGAAGGUGACUGCAAUCCGUUGACACUGCCAAUGGUACUGGAGUUUGCUUCAGGAGCCUCAUCUGUGCCUCCACUAGGAUUUCCCCAUCAGCCAAAAAUCGAAUUUCUUCAUACAUCUGGUCAAGACACCAGAGUAUUUCCAGAAGCCAACACAUGCCUUAUUGUUCUUAGACUUCCAAUUCACAGUACUUACGAAUCUUUUAGAACCUACAUGACCGAAGGUAUUUUGCAGUCGCCAACUUUUGGCACCAUGUAAUAAUUCAUGUACCUUGUUCAUGUAAGGGUGAUGAACGAAAUACUUCAUGUUUCAGCACAGUUUCACAAGUUAAUGAAACAAUCCUCUUAACACUUCUUCACUCUUAUGCCAUCUCAAACAAGUUUUACAAUUACUGUGUUUACUGUUAUUGUUGUACUAUUUUUACCUUUAAUGUUAGUUUUUGUUUACAGUUGUAGAUACACAUUUUGUUUCAUUUACUCGAUUUAUCAACAUCAAUUAUAUUCCUUGAAAUUGAAAAAGUACACAACAGUAACUAAAACAGUGAUCCAUCUGACAUCUAAAUAUAUCCCUUCAUAAUUGUAACAAUAAAACCUGAAUCAAUUUUG